UGUUUCUAAUCCUUUCCAAUGGAGCUGAUUCAGAGCUUCUUGAAUUUAGUAGCUCCGCCGUUCACAGUCGUCUCUCUCGGCCUAUUACUACCGCAUUACGUCAUUUUCAAGUACUUUUUCUCUUUGGUUAGAGGUUUGUUUAGCGAAGAUGUCGCCGGGAAAGUCGUUCUGAUCACCGGAGCUUCCUCGGGCAUCGGCGAGAAUUUGGCAUAUGAGUAUGCCAAGAGAGGAGCUCAAUUAGCGCUUGUAGCUAGACGAGAGAGUUCACUUGAGGAAGCUGCUGAAGCAGCUCGCUACUAUGGCUCCCCUGAGGUUAUCACCAUUGCAGGGGAUGUCUCCGAUCUGUCGGACUGUCGGCGAAUCAUUGAUGACACGAUGAAUCAUUUCGGAAGAUGUAGGUUUGAAUCAGAUGAAGAAAUUCAAAUGGGUUGGAUUGGAUUGUUUAUGAUGAAUUCUGUAAUGGAUGCAGUGGAUCAUUUGGUUAACAAUGCCGGCAUUGCCAACAUGACUCUGUUUGAAGAAAUCAUUGAUAUCACUUCCUUCAAGCAAAUUAUGGAAACGAACUAUUGGGGGUCUGUUUAUAUGACUUGGCUAUCAAUUCCUUAUUUGAAGAACAGGGGAGGGAAGAUCAUAGUGGUUUCAUCGGCGGCGGCGUGGUUGCCGUCACCCAGAAUGAGCAUUUACAAUGCGAGCAAGGCGGCGCUGAGGAGCUUUUUUGAGACGUUGAGAGUGGAAAUGUCGCCGGAGAUUGGGAUCACCGUCGUGACGCCGGGCUUUGUCGAGUCGGAGAUAACUAAAGGGAAGGCGUUGUAUUCUCACGGGAGAAUGGAAGUUCAUCAGGACGUUAGAGAUGUUCUGGUGGGGGCGAUUCCGGUAGAGACGGCGGCGGCCUGCGCUAAGGCAAUCGUGAGGAGCGCCUGCCGGGGUGAUCGGUACUUGACGGAGCCGUCGUGGUACAACGCUGUGUAUUACUUAAAGGCGUUAUGCCCGGAGGUGGUGGAGUGGUGCUACCGUAUAUUGGUGUAUACAACGCCGGGAACCUCCGCCGCGGAGGCGCUCAAUAAACAGAUUCUGGAUCUCACCGGAGCCAAGACGGCCAUGUAUCCUCCUUCCAUUCACUCCGUCGAGAUCAACGACGACUGAUCUAAAAUCUCCGGCCGUUAAACCUCUGUAAUUAUCCUCUGUUUUUCUGCUUAAAAGCUUUUAAAUCUUUGUAAUCAACGUAAUUAAAGCUUUAAUUUUGUUUAAUGAGCUUAAGUUGGAAGCGUUUGAAGCGUGCUCUGUUUUUUUCACACCUUCCGGUGACCGCCGAUUGGUGUUCUUCCUCGCCGGAAAACUUCGCCGUUUCUGUAAAACGACAAAUCGAACGCUCGCUUUCUGUAUAACCAGCUGUGGGAUAGCUAUGGAAUGGAGACACGCAUGUAACGAUCAUAGAUGAAUCGUGUCAAUGGCGAUAUUGGGCCGUGGAAGAGAAGUUCUGAAAACAGAGACGAUAAGGGUAUGCUCGUCGUCUUGCCAAGUUUAGGACAAAUUGAAGAACAGAGGGAUAAUUGUUACUGUAUUUGUAAAUAUGAAUCAAUCAUAUUAGGUCGGUACCAAUGGAGAUGACGGAGGUGUAAGGCGGUGGUGUGGGAGAAUGUCGAGAACAUAGGUAUGCGACGAACGGUUGUGGGUGUAAUAUAAGGCUUCGAGUCCAAUUGUGAGAUCCCACAAUCCCACAAUGGUUCGGGGAGGAGAACGAAAUACCCUUUACAAGUGUGUGAAGACCUUUCGCCUAACGGACAUGUUUUAAAACCUUGAGAGGAUGUCCGAAAGGGAAAGCCUAAAGAAGACAAAAUCUGCUAGCUGUGGGUCUAGGCCGUUACACCAAUAUUCAAAUCAGGAUAUCUCCGCUCUUUGAAUCGAACGUGAAGAUCUUCCCUCAUUUGGCUAGAAAUCACUACUCUGAAUUCUCCUGUACUCUAGCAAUGGCAUCCUCAGACAAUCCACUGUGACAUGCUCACAUUACCUACUUGUUUUGAAAAAUUUAGCUAAAGACGAUCCAAUUUUUUGUCGA